UACAAAUAUAUACUUUCUUAACAAAGCCCAUAUAUCUUUUAGCAAGACCCAACAAGCCCAUUGAGAACUUAGCUUUAACCCUCAACUUCUUUGCCACCACUCCGCCGCUCACUCAAUUUGCAGAGACGAUUCUUCCCAUUCUACUUUGAGCCAUGAGUAAGCUUCAGAGUGAUGCCUUAAGAGAAGCCAUCACCGUGAUUAAGAAUGAUUCAAGUGAGAAGAAAAGGAAGUUCACCGAAACCAUUGAGCUUCAGAUUGGUUUGAAAAACUAUGAUCCUCAAAAGGACAAGCGUUUCAGUGGUUCAGUUAAGUUGCCACACAUUCCUCGCCCCAAGAUGAAGAUUUGCAUGCUUGGAGAUGCUCAGCACGUGGGAGAGGCAGAAAAGAUUGGUUUGGAGUACAUGGAUGUGGAAGGUCUGAAGAAGCUUAAUAAAAACAAGAAGUUGGUUAAGAAGCUCGCAAAGAAGUACCAUGCUUUCUUGGCAUCAGAAGCUGUUAUCAAGCAGAUCCCCCGUCUCUUGGGGCCUGGUUUGAACAAGGCAGGUAAGUUUCCUACCCUUGUUUCCCACCAGGAAUCACUCGAGUCUAAGGUAAACGAGACCAAGGCGACUAUCAAAUUCCAGUUGAAGAAGGUUCUUUGCAUGGGAGUUGCCGUAGGUAAUAUGGAUAUGGAGGAGAAACAAAUCUUCCAGAACGUGCAGAUGAGUGUCAACUUUCUCGUGUCCUUGCUAAAGAAGAAUUGGCAAAAUGUGAGAUGCUUGUACUUGAAGAGUACCAUGGGAAAGACUCAACGCAUCUUCUAAGGACAUUGUAUUACAAUCUUUGCAGUUUCAGGCGUUUUGACUUGUACGCGUUAUAGAUACUAUUGCAUUUUUUGUUUAGUUGUGCUCCUUGGAUACUGAGUUGAAAACUUUAUAUCAGUUUUGUUAUGAUUUUACUUUUUCUUUUCUCCUUUCUGUUGAUUUUCUUGAAUAUUGUCAACUUUCAUAUCUAAAGGAAAACUCAAAUUUUGUGGUUUAACUGCUAUUAAA